CAAGAUGGCGACCGCCUAUGAGAGGUUCAAUUUGCAUACAACCUUGGAAAAAUUCUAUAUCGAGGCCUGUGAUGAGGGGGCUGAUGCUGUCCUUGCCAUCGACAGGGUGUCCAAUGAGAUGACCCUCACAGAGAAAAAGGAUGUUCCUCUCUCAGCAGUCACCAGGCCAAUCUGUGGUAUCAUGGGAACCAUUCGCCUCGUAGCAGGAAUGUAUCUCAUUGUAAUAACCAAGAAGAAGAAUGUAGGCAACCUUCUUGGUCACGCUGUAUGGAAGGCAGUUGAGUUUGAUGUGAUCUCUUAUAAGAAGACAGUGCUUCACCUCACAGAGCUCCAGUCACAAGAAAACAGGACCUUACUGUCGAUGAUUAACAACGUGCUGAAUACAGAUGGCUUCUACUUCUGUACCGACUAUGACCUGACCCACACCCUGCAGAGGCUGGCCAACACGAGCCACGACUUCCAAGAGAUGAGCCUGCUGGAGAGGGCAGACCAGAGGUUUGUGUGGAACAGCAACCUGCUCAGAGAGUUGGCUGCACAGCCAGAGCUUCACAAGUUUGCGCUCCCUGUAGUUCAUGGAUUCAUCGUUAUGAAGCCAUGUCGCAUCAAUGGGAAGAUCUUUGAGUGGAUCCUCAUCUCGAGGAGAAGCUGUUUCCGGGCUGGUGUUCGAUACUACAUCAGAGGCAUUGAUUCAGAGGGCCAUGCUGCUAACUUUGUGGAGACGGAGCAGAUUGUUUUGUAUGAAGGAGCCAGAGCGUCAUUUGUGCAGACACGAGGUUCCAUGCCCUUUUUCUGGUCUCAGAGGCCCAACCUCAGAUACAAACCGCAACCACUCAUCAGCAAAACCAAUCAUACUGAUGGCUUCCAGAGGCAUUUUGACUCUCAGGUCCUAAUCUAUGGAAAGCAAACUAUCUUGAACCUGGUUAACCAGAAGGGCUCAGAGAAGCCACUAGAGCAAGCGUUUGCCAAGAUGGUGUCAAGCAUGGGCAAUGACAUGGUCAAGUACUUGGCGUUUGACUUCCACAAAGAGUGCAGCCGGAUGAGAUGGGAGCGUCUCCAGAUCUUGGUUGACGCUGUAGCCGAGACCCAGGAUGAGUACAGCUACUUCAUGGUGAACACAGAGGGAAAGACUGUGGCCCUACAAAAAGGUACAUUCCGCAGCAACUGCAUGGACUGCCUGGACAGGACAAAUGUCAUCCAGAGCCUUCUGGCCCGCCGCUGCCUCCAGUCCCAGCUUCAGAGGAUGGGAAUUCUGAAUGUGGGCCAGCGAAUUGACGAGCAGGCUGAUUUUGAGAAGAUCUACAAGAAUGCAUGGGCUGACAAUGCUAAUGCAUGCGCUGUACAGUAUGCAGGAACUGGAGCCUUGAAAACGGACUUCACAAGGACAGGGAAGAGGACCCGAUGGGGCCUGCUAAUGGAUGGCUGGAACUCUAUGAUCCGCUACUACAAAAACAACUUUUCUGAUGGCUUCAGACAAGAUUCCAUUGAUCUGUUUCUGGGCAACUAUGCUGUUGAUGAAUUAGAUGGGCCUUCUCCGUUCGGCAUCCAGAAGGACUGGAAGUUCCUCACACUCCCCAUCAUUAUGGUGGUCGCGUUUUCCAUGAGCAUCAUCUGCCUUCUUAUGGCCGGCGACACGUGGACCGAGACCCUGGCGUACGUGAUGUUCUGGGGUGUCGCUGGCGCAGUUACAGCUGCUAUCAUCUUGUUUAAUGGGCAAGACUUUGUAGAUGCCCCUAAGCUGGUUCAGAAGGAGAAGAUGGAUUGAAUAUAUGUUUGUGUGUGAGGCAGCUGGACCCAGCCAACUCAUCGACCUUAUCGUCAUCAUCUUCAUCAUCAUCCUUUCUGCUGUUUGCUCUUGGACUGAACUUUUCACUGGUUUGCUGUCCAUACUUAUAUCCACUCAUAUUUUGUGCCCCCCGCCCCAAAAAAGAAAAACGAUUCUCAGCUUGCAAAAAAAUACAUAGCCUCUGCUCUGCAACUGUACAAGACACAUUCGUUCUGCAGAUAGUUUACAUUUUAUUUUCACCUUUCCUGUGGUCAAGUGGUUAUAAAGACACCAGGGAGCAGUCUUGUCAGUGCAGCAGCGAGCUGAGGGCUUUUAUUAUGUACAGAGGGUCUUUGAUACUUGAUUAAGGAAUUUGGCAUUUUUCUGUUUGCACACUAUAUUAUCAUUUACAUAAUGCUGAACAGUUGUGCACCUUGUACAUGAAUUUGUGUUUCCUUGAAGUAUUUGUACACCAUCGUUAAAGUACAAUGUGAAACAUAUUUUAAGGUGUACAUUUUUAAGGCACACAAUCAAUUGAGGAACAGGAUGCGUUUACAGUUUUAACAGAAGUUUCAUUCCAAGACGAGCAUGAUGUAUUUCAGGUAGUGGCUAAUGGAGGGUGAGCACUUGAACAAGGGCAUGUUGAAACAGAUCUGGAACCUGCUGGUGGUCUACAUAGUGGGCUUGGUCAGCAGUCUCCACACCUUACAACUAGCAAAUGCUAUGGAGCUGCUAUUCGACAAAAGUACCUGACUCUUAUCUGGGGUGGGGAAUACGUGCAGAGACUGUCUUCUCAAGAACUUGAUUGUGCAACAUACUUGGAACGUAUAAUGGUUCUAUGUAGGUAAGUGCUUACUACUUCUCUAACCAUCUGCAGUUUGGAGAACUACGAAAUGAGUUGCUCACAUACAUGACCAUGUUACUAGUGGUGAGAGCACUUCAACCAGGAGUCAUAUACACACACACACAUAUAUAUAUAUAUAUAUAUAUAUAUAUAUAUAUAUGUGUGUGUGUGUGUGUGUGUGUGUGUGUGUGUGUGUGUUGUUCUACUUAGAGUUUUGAGAUUGUGCUGUUCUUGACAUAAUAAAUGUAUAUGAAAUAUAAUGAACUAUAAUGAAAUAUAAUGGUUUUAGGGACUUGGAGAACUUUCCCCUCAGGGAAGAGGGUGUAGAUGUUUGAAUCUGUUGUAUUUUCAUGACGGAUGUGUUUUGGAUUUCAAAUUGUUCACUCGGAAUGAUUCACAAUUCAGUGUUUUGGGGGCAUUUGUUUUCUUUUUGUUUGAGUUCACGUUCCAUGCCAUUGAGGCUUGAAAUUAUUUGUCUUCACACUUGCAGAGUCAUUCCUGUCAUACGAACUUCACCAACACGUAGUUUAGACCAAUAUAUAACAGCAAUUUAAAACAAAAAUAAGUGUUGAUUUGCUACUUUUUCAAAUAUUCGGGCAAAAUGAUUAUAUAAUUUGCCAUUAAUGAUGAACCAUUUAUAAUCCUACUUUUCGGUGGACAACUGAUGACCAACAUCAUCAGAACUUACACAGCCGCUCAUUUUCUACCUUGUUGUUUGUUCAUUUAAAUCAAAAGACCAGGAGCAUAAUAUUGCAACGUCUGUAAAUUUUAUCUCUGUAAUUACAGGUUUAAUGUAGUUUGUAUAUGGAGCUGAGGGGAUUAUUUGAGGUUGGCGUGGCGUGUCAGUAGAUGGAAGGUGGGUCCUGCAUACUGACACAGCUCAGACAGCCUUUAGUAUAAAAUAAUGUAACAAGUUGAUUUGUCGGAGACCACUUCUGCAAAAACCCACUUAAGUUUUCUGAAAGUCAUAAAAUCAGUUAGUUUGGGUCCCCUGUGAAGACUACUAUAUUUUUCUAUUUACAUUUUUUUUGUUCUAAUUAUGGGCAAAAACCCAUGUAAAACUCUUGACGUCAGAUAUAAAGUGACCUCUGACAUGACUCACCAUGUGUCUGCAGACCUGACAUGACUCACCAU